AUGCUUUGCAAUAGCGGCCAGGCACUAGCUUUUGAAGCACUCAAAACCCAAAUUAGGUUGGAUGGUCGAAGCGGUUUGGAGUAUCGAGAUAUUAAAAUCACAUUUCCAGGCCUAAUAGGCCAGUCAUUAGUCUCAUUUGGAUCAACAAUAGUUCUAUGUACUGUUAAUGGCGAAGUUAUACCACCAGUUGAUAGCAGGCCUACGGAAGGAUUCUACCAUUUUCAUGUGGAAAUAGGGUCACUAACUACCGUAGGAUUUGAACCAGGGAAGCCCACGGAACAGGAAAUGUUUAUAUGUUCCACAAUAGAACAUCUUCUAAGGGACUCCGGUACUAUUGAGACCGAAUCACUAUGUAUAGUGUCGGGGAAAUAUGUUUGGUCAAUAAGGGUAGACAUGUUAGUGCUGGAAGAUGCUGGAAAUGCAUUAGAUGCUUGUGCAUUAUCUGCUGUAGCCAGUACAAUGCACUUCAAGAGACAACAAGUCAAAAUUGAUGGGGAAAAGAUUGAAUUGCUUUCACUUGAUCACUUUACCCCAGGUGAAUUAUUUAUCCAUCACAUACCAAUAUUUGUAACAUUUGCUAUAGUAGACGAUUUCAUAAUGAUAGACCCAUCAACAAUGGAGGAGAUGUUGGCCGACACCUUAAUUAGCGUUGCAGUUAACCAGUUUGAGCAGAUUUGUAAAAUACAGAAGAUAGGCGGGAAGGAGAUUUCAUUGGAACAAUUAGAUAGGGUGUUGCAAGUUUCUAAACAACAAUUUAACCACGUUUAUGGUGUGUUGAAGAAGUCUAUGGAAUUGGAUAAGGAAGCCAGGCAGUGGGUAUUGGCAAAUAUUAAGUAA